AUGGCUCGGCUAUCAGGACUUCAAAAAGAGGUUCUUGCCCUCUAUCGAAAUUGUCUCAGAGAGACGCGAAAAAAGCCACAGGUAUGGAAGAACGAAAGGGCAAUGAAUGCCGAGGUUGACACUGACACUGACACCGACGCUUUAAAGGCUACCCGGCCACACUUUGAGAGCUAUGCGAGAAAUGAAUUUGCUCGAAACUUGAGCAUUGAUAAACGAGAUUUUGCCGCAAUCGAGUUCCUGUUACGAAAGGGACGACGCCAACUAGAAGUCUACGGAUCACCUGGUAUCAAGGACAUUAAAUAA